AUGACACACGGGACUAAAGCACUUGACGUCAGACUGCCGAAGAACAAACAGUUCGACAAUAUGGAUCGUAGGUCACAAGUUUUGACCGCCUUCCCUGCAGCAUCUAAAAACCCACCGCUGCGAUCACCUACUGGGCCUAAGACCAGCACUAAAGAUAAUGCCUUGGAGGAUGAGCUGCCGACAGAUAACACUCAGAGUGAAUUUGUCGCUCCUGAUUACGAGUUUGACCAGUUCGACAUGGAGUUGGGCGAUAAUAUAGGCAAGUUCGUAUGCGAUGGUCUUGAUGAGGCGACGCCAGGUGCCGCGGUUGAUCUUGUUGAUGACGAUUUCGAAAAUGAGUUGGGAACCUGUGCCUCUCAGCAAAUGACCGUCCAAGAGGCCCUCGACCGUGAAUACCGUGACAUUUCACGUCUGGGCAUAAUCCAGGUUGCCGGAGAUGAUCGUCUGGGUCGCAAGGUCAUCGUCUUUUCUGCCUGUAGACUACCCGCCAACGGCGGCGUUGAUCUUCAGCGGUUAUACGAGUAA